AGAACAUUUGCUGAGUGAUAUACAGUAUCAUUUUGUACUGUGGUCCACUCUGAUAGAAUGCUGUGUAUGUUGUAGUGCCUCUGUGUAAGGGGAAUUAGUUAAAGUUAAUGUGGGAUCCUUAUAUCAAAAUAUCCUUAGGUGUGGAGCAUCUUGCUCAAGUGCAGGACAUGUUGGUAUCUGUGUAGGAAGAUCUUGUGUCCUGGAUGUUCUUUCCCCUGUUGGAGAAGAAAGAUCCUGCUGCUAUAGGAGGUUGAGGGAUAUUGGAAAAACAGUAGUGAAAAAUAUUUACUGUUUAUUUUUUAAAAGAGUAAUUAAAAAUAUAAAUACAAGUAUAUUCCCGUGUUUAGACUCCUCCAUGCCUCUAAAGCUAGUAAACUAACCCAGGUCUAGUUACAGUCAUGAAUCUGUUUGAAAGUGCUUGAUUGGAAAACUGAAUUCUCAGAAAAGUUGGGAAAGAUGACUGAACAGUGGGGGAUGGAAGGAGACACUCCCCCAGCCUUAAAAAAAUGCAGAGCAUUAUUCUUUUAAAGAACAAGAAAAGGAAAGACUCAGAAAGAGGAAGACCAGAAUAAAGAAAAGGCGAGAGAGAACAUAAGACAAAAAGAAGGAGAUGAAAUUCAGACAGAGAGAGAAAGAAAAGAGGGAAAGAAAAGCAAGAGAAAGCAUGUAGCUUUUAGGUCCCUGGUUUGAUAUGUAUCUAAGUUCACGUGACUCUGUUGUUUUGAAUUUUAACCCAUUUAUGUCUUUCAACCCUGACCCAAAAGCUGAAUACAACGAUCAGCUCACACGAGCAACUAACAUGACUGUUUCUGCUAUGCGUUUUUUGAAGACCCUCAGGGCCGGCUAUCUAGAGCCAGAGGUUUUUCACCUCAAUCCAGACAAAAGUGACACUCAAACCUUUAGGAGACUCAUUCGAUUUGUGCCUUCAUCUCUCUCAUGGUUUGGUGCCUACAUGGUCAAUGCAUACCCCUUAGAUAUGUCUCAGUACUUCCGACUUUUCAAUUCCACACGAUUGCCUAAGCUCAGUCGAGACGAGCUUUUUACAGAUGAAAAAGCAAAGCACUUGCUGGUGCUCAGAAAUGGGAAUUUUUAUGUAUUUGAUGUCCUUGAUAGAGAUGGGAAUAUAGUGAAGCCUUCUGAAAUACAAGCACACCUGAAAUACAUACUUAGUGACAAUAGUCCAGCCCCAGCCUUCCCUCUUGCAUAUUUGCCCAGUGAAAACCGAGAUAUAUGGGCACUACUGAGACAGAAGCUACUCGAUAAUGGCAAUGAAGAAGUCCUCCAAAAAGUGGAUUCUGCUGUCUUCUGUCUAUGUUUAGAUGACUUCCCCAUUAAAGACCUUGUGCACUUGUCCCACACCAUGUUGCAUGGAGAUGGUAUUAACCGCUGGUAUGAUAAGUCCUUUAACCUUAUCCUAGCCAAAGAUGGCAAUGCGGCCAUCCAUUUUGAACAUUCCUGGGGAGAUGGUGUGGCUGUAUUAAGAUUUCAGAAUGAAGUAUUUAAAGACAGCACCCAGAAGCCAGCUGUCACCCCACAAUCUCAACCUGCUGCAGUUGACUCUUCCAGCGCUGUGCAGAAACUCAGCUUUAAGUUGAAUGAUGCCUUAAAAGCAGGAAUUACCAAAGCCAAACAGAACUUCGAUGCCACUGUGGAAACCUUGACUCUCGAUUUUAUUCAGUUUAAGAAAGGAGGCAAGGAGUUUUUAAAGCAGAAGAAGAUCAGUCCUGAUGCUGUGGCUCAACUUUCUUUCCAGAUGGCUUUCCUUCGGCAGUACGGCCAGACCGUUGCCACAUAUGAGUCUUGCAGUACGGCAGCUUUCAAACACGGUCGCACAGAGACCAUCCGUCCUGCCUCCAUCUAUACAAAGAAGUGCACGGAAGCUUUUGUCAGGCAACCUUCCAAACACAGCACAGAGGAGCUUCAGCAGAUGAUUGCUGAGUGCUCAAAGUACCACAGCCAGUUGACAAAAGAAGCUGCUAUGGGUCAAGGAUUUGACCGGCAUUUGUUCAGUUUGCGUUAUUUGGCAGCAUCAAAAGGUAUCCCAUUACCUGACAUCUACCAGGACCAAACCUACACUCAGCUGAAUCACAACAUUCUGUCCACAAGCACAUUGAGCAGCCCAGCUGUGAAUAUGGGAGGAUUUGCUCCAGUGGUGCCGGAUGGCUUUGGUGUAGCCUAUGGAGUGCAUGAUGAUUGGAUUGGCUGCAGUGCCUCUUCUUACCCAGCCAGGAAUGUACACGAAUUCGUCCAGUGUGUGCAUAAGUCACUGGAAGAUAUUUUUCAUGUUUUAGAAGGUAAGCAUAUCAGUAGGUAGGCACAACAGGGCUGGGAUACUUUUUUUUAAUGCACAAUAUAAAAUGUUUGGAUCAAGAUCACUUCUGAUCAUGUGUGGCUGAAUGUGGAAGAAUAUUGCUAGUGCUAAUUUACUAAGCAUUUUGACUGGGAUUUUCAAAGGAGUCUAUAAGAAUUAAGUGACCAACUUGCACUGAAUUUCCAUGGGAGUUAAGCACCUUUUGAAAAUCUUAGCCAUAUAAAGAAAUUAAGUGCAAGCACCUGCAUGCGAUAUUCAGGAAAUACUUAAUUCUGAUAUUCUGAACUGUUAGGUAAUGGAAUAUAAAAUGUUCUUAAAAUAUAACAGAGGCAUUAAAUAUUCAUUUCUAGAAAGGAACUUUAGUAGUGUACUGAUUAAACUUGAGCUUAAGAUCUAUGAGUGUUCAUGUUUACAUUGGGAACGAGAAACUACAUUUUAACAAUGUUGUAACAUCUACAAAAGUUGUAAAUCCUACACAUGUGAUAUGCUCACUUACUAGAUCAGUCAUCUUUAUUUUUCUUGUUAAAUCUGAAUCAGUGUCAAACUAACUGCCUCUUCUGUUGGAAGCAUUUCCAAUAUAAUGAUUGGUUUAAAUGAAAACGUGAGACUUUAACAAUACCAACAACUGUAAUCAUGUGUUAAAUCUUCAAACUGUUAAGAAAUUGGUUGGACAAUAAUGUUUAAAUAAAGCUACCUAUGACAUGA